AUGGCUAGACUCCACUCCUCAGUUCACCAGCAUGGUCUGGCGCGUUUCGCGUCCCUCGCCGUACUCGCACUGAUCUUGGUCGGAGGCUUUUCAGAUGGCGUGCUUGUGUCUGCCGCGCCAGUGGCUCUGACCUGCUCGAAGUCGAAGCUCUUCACUGGUUACGCAGUUGUCACUCUAAAAAAGGGGCUCUUCCUCCACUUUAAGAACAGCCCAAGCUCCGUCGAUUUCGCGUUAGAGGCAAAAACCACGAGCGGCGCUCACAAGGGCUGGCUGUCCGUCGGAUUCUCCAAGUUGGGCAAGAUGAGCGGUGCAGAUGCGGUGAUCGGCAACCUCAAUGGCCCGAAGAAAAUUGGCGCGUACUUCAUGAAGUCCAUUGCGAAGGCCGAUGUGAAACCAACGACGGCUUUCGCGAUUACGAAGACAAGCGUGGUUACCAACGCACAGGGGACUAUCAUGAAGUUCACCCGCUCUGGUCCUAAGGGUACUGUCCCCGUGAAGUAUGGUGCGAAGAACACCCUUCUGUGGGCGUAUUCCGCUUCUGGCGCGUCCAAGGUCCUGGACAACCACACUCCGGCGAACAGAGGCGCCGCGAUUGUCAACUUGGGCUGCAAGGUAUAA